AUGAACGCUGCUCAGGGCAAGGGCAAAAAGUCAUUCGACGAGCAGUACCCUCGUGAUGAGGUCAAGCAAAAGAUUCGGCAGUUCAUCUCCGAGUUUUUCACGACAAACGAUCAGGGCGAGAAGAACUUCAAGUACCGGGAUCAGAUGUUCAAAAUCUUUGAGCGCGAAGAGGUGACCCUUUUCAUCGACCUCGACGAUCUGCGUGAGCUGUUCCCCGAAGUGGUCGAAGCCCUAGAGAUCAACACUGUCCGACUGCGUGAAAUGUUCUGCGAGGUGAUGGACGAGUUGCGCGCGGAAUACUUGGGCGAUCGUGAGCCGCCAGUCCGCGACGCCUUGGACGCGUUCAUCUACCAGCGCGUGCAGAUGGACCGUCAGCAUGCCACUGAACAUGCGGACCGCGGCGAUCAAAGGACAAACCGAUACCCGGCCCAGCUGAUGCGUCGCUUCGAGGUAUCCUUCCGCCCCGACUCGAACGCCAAGCCCCUUUCCGUGCGCCAGCUGAAGGCCGACCAGAUCGGGCACUUUGUCUGCGUCGAGGGCAUCGUCAUCCGAGCCACCGAGGUCAAGCCGCGCGCUGAAGUGAUCACCUACACAUGCGACACUUGCUCGGCCGAGGUGUACCAUGCGGUCGCUGGCCAGCAAUACACCCCGCAGGCCAGCUGCAUCAGCAAGGAGUGCACGGAGGGGCGUGGCAACGGGCGGCUUCAUAUGCAAGUGCGCGGAUCGAAGUUCGUGAAGUAUCAGGAGCUGAAGAUUCAGGAAUUGAGCCACCAAGUGCCUGUCGGAUCGAUUCCGCGUAUUUUGACGGUUCAAGUUGUUGGCGAAAUGACCCGCGGUUGCCAGCCGGGAGAUCACUGCCGAAUCGCAGGCGUGUAUUUGCCGCAGAUUCAACGCGGACCUCAGGCUCCUGGUGGCGGAUCCCUCACCCACGACACUUAUUUGGAAGCUUUCUUCGUCAACCCGAUCAACCGCGAGGAUCUGCGCACCGCCGAGCUGGAAGGCGAAAUCACCGAGGAAGAGAUGCGUCGUCUCGGCGAUGCCUCCUUCUACAACCUUGCCGCCUACUCGAUCGCGCCCGAUAUCUACGGCCAUUUGGACGUCAAGAAAUCGCUGCUGUUGGCCCUGGUCGGCGGUUGCGACCAGAACGCGGAGGGAAUGAAGAUCAGAGGAGCGCUCAACAUGCUUCUCAUGGGCGACCCUGGUUUGGCCAAGUCGCAGCUGCUCGGCUACGUUGAUCGACUUGCCGUACGCUCGCAGUACACAACCGGUCGUGGAUCUUCUGGCGUCGGUCUGACCGCUGCUGUCAUGAAGGACCCAGUCACCGGGGAAAUGAUGCUGGAGGGUGGAGCCCUGGUACUCGCUGACAACGGUAUUUGCUGCAUUGACGAGUUUGACAAGAUGUUGGAUGCCGACCGGACGGCCAUUCACGAGGUGAUGGAGCAGCAGACGAUAUCCAUCGCCAAGGCCGGCAUCAUGACCACGCUCAACGCCCGCGUUUCAAUUAUUGCGGCUGCGAACCCGGCUUAUGGAAGAUACAACCCCCGUCGUAGCAUCGAGCAGAACAUCAACUUGCCAGCCGCCCUUCUCUCCAGAUUCGAUUUGAUGUGGGUGAUGCGCGACAUCCCGAGCAAGGAAUCUGAUAUGAUGGUCGCCAAACACGUCUGCUACGUCCAUUACAAGGGAUGCCCGCCUCCACGCAAGGGGCUUCAGCCCUUCAGCAUGGAUACGCUGCGUAAAUACAUUGCCGCCUGCAAAGCCAAGAACCCGGUGAUGGGCCCCGAGCUCGCCGAGCGCCUCAUCGACCUGUACGUCGACAUCAGGAAGGAGUCCCGCGAGAGUGAUGACUCCACAUUCACCUCGCCUCGAUUGCUGCUCUCGGUUAUUAGAAUGGCUACAGCUUGCGCUCGCGUGCAUCUGCGAGACCGGGUCAGCGAGUCGGAUCUGGAUGAAGCCAUCCGCUUGAUGACCGCCAGCAAGGACAGCAUGCGCACAGAAGAGGCCAAGCAUGUCAACCGUGGAACUCCCGUCGAUCAAGCAUUUACCCUUCUGCGCGAUCUCUUCGCCACCAACAAGAAUGAGCCCGUCCCGAUGGAGCAGUUGGCCACAAAGUGCGCUCGCAAGGGAAUCUCGGACGAGGUGCUGAAGGAGUGCGUCGACUUCUACACCACCAACGGCGUCAUCAUGACCGACCGCACCAACAAGAUCCACUUUGUCCUCAAC